GCAGCGGCUGCAGGCCGCGGGCCGGGGCUGCAGCGGGGCGCGGGGCUCGGCCCGGCCACCGGCGCCCGCGGCGGGAUCGGGAGGCGCGGUGGCGCGGAGCCUUUGUCAGCGGCAGGGACGGCUCUGGUGCUGCAGGACUUCUCAGAGCCUUUAACACGUGCAUUAUUCUGCUGUGAUUUCCCUACUGUUCCUGACCUCUGAAUGUCUCCAUUCUCCGACGAACACUGAGGACGGCGGCACCAGUCUGAGCUGGACUCUGAUGGCUUCCUCGAACCCUCCUCCACAGCCUGCCAUAGAAGAUCCACUGGCUCCCAGAGCCCCAGGCCCCUCCCCGGAGGUGGAGGAGGACUCCGGAGAAGCCUUUGAGUUUGAUGACAGUGAUGAUGAAGAGGGCACCAGCGCAGACGUGGUGGCUCCUGGCCUUGCCCCGGAGAGGGAUACAGAGCCCUCACUGAUCUGCUUCGACCCUGUCCCCGGCCCAGACCUGGACCCAGCCGCUGUACCGCCCCAGACAGAGGCGCCCGCUGUGGUCAGCAAUGGGGAUGCUGUGGGCGCAGCUUUCUCUGGGGUUCGGCGCUCCAGCUGGAAGCGGAAGAGCUCACGUCGCAUUGACCGAUUCACUUUCCCCGCCCUGGAUGAAGAUGUGAUUUAUGACGACGUCCCCUGUGAGAGCCCAGACACCCAUCAGCCCGGGGCAGAGCGGGGCCUACUUUACGAAGAUGUACAUCGUGCUGGAGCACCGCGUGAGGCUGAGGACCUAGGCUGGAGCUCCAGCGAGUUUGAGAGCUACAGUGAGGACUCAGGGGAGGAGGCCAAGCCAGAGGCAGAGCCCACCAAGCACCGGGGAUCCUUCCAGCCCAAGCUUUCUCCAGACCUGACUAGGCUAAAGGAGAGAUACGUCAGGACUAAGAGAGACAUCUUGGCUUUGAGAGUUGGGGGUAGAGACAUGCAGGAGCUGAAGCUCAAGUACGAUUGUAAGAUGACCCAGCUCAUGAAGGCCGCCAAGAGCGGGACCAGGGAUGGGCUGGAGAAGACACGGAUGGCCGUCAUGCGUAAAGUCUCCUUUCUGCAUAGGAAAGACGUCCUUGGUGACUCGGAAGAGGAAGAUAUGGGACUCCUGGAGGUUGGUGUGACAGACUUCAAACCUCCAGCGCCAGAGCUGGGCCCCAUGCCGGAUGGCUUGAGUCCUCAGCAGGUGGUCCGGAGACACAUCUUGGGCUCCAUCGUGCAGAGUGAAGGCAGCUAUGUGGAGUCAUUGAAACGGAUACUCCAGGAUUACCGUAACCCACUCAUGGAGAUGGAACCCAAGGCCCUGAGCGUCCGCAAGUGUCAGGUGGUCUUCUUCCGCGUUAAGGAGAUUCUGCACUGUCACUCCAUGUUCCAGAUCGCCCUGUCCUCCCGUGUGGCCGAAUGGGACUCCACUGAGAAGAUUGGGGACCUCUUUGUGGCCUCAUUCUCCAAGUCCAUGGUCCUAGAUGUAUACAGCGACUAUGUGAACAACUUCACCAACGCCAUGUCCAUCAUCAAGAAGGCCUGCCUCACCAAGCCAGCAUUCCUCGAGUUCCUCAAGCGGCGGCAGGUAUGCAGUGCGGACCGAGUCACCCUCUACGGGCUGAUGGUGAAACCCGUUCAGAGAUUUCCACAGUUCAUCCUCCUGCUCCAGGAUAUGCUGAAGAACACUCCUCGAGGCCACCCUGACAGACUGUCGCUGCAGCUAGCUCUCACGGAGCUGGAGACGCUGGCUGAGAAGCUGAAUGAACAGAAGCGGCUGGCCGACCAGGUGGCAGAGAUCCAGCAGCUGACCAAGAGUGUCAGUGACCGCAGCAGCCUCAACAAGCUGUUGACCUCUGGCCAGCGGCAGCUGCUUCUGUGUGAGACCCUGACGGAGACGGUGUACGGAGACCGUGGGCAGCUGAUCAAGUCCAAGGAACGCAGGGUCUUCCUGCUCAACGACAUGCUGGUCUGUGCCAACAUCAACUUCAAGCCCUCCAAUCACAGGGGCCAGCUAGAGAUCAGCAGCCUGGUGCCUCUGGGGCCCAAGUACGUGGUGAAGUGGAACACAGCGCUGCCCCAGGUGCAGGUCGUGGAAGUGGGUCAGGACGGCGGUGCCUACGACAAGGACAACCUGCUCAUCCAGCACGCUGGCGCCAAGAAGGCCACGGCUGCAGGGCAGGCCCAGAACAAGGUGUACCUGGGCCCGCCGCGCCUCUUCCAGGAGCUACAGGACCUGCAGAAGGACUUGGCAGUGGUGGAGCAGAUCACCCUGCUUGUCAGCACCCUGCAUGGCACUUACCAGAAUCUGAACACAACUGUGGCCCAAGACUGGUGCCUGGCCCUGCAGCGGCUGAUGCGAGUGAAGGAGGAGGAGAUCCACUCUGCCAACAAGUGCCGCCUGAGGCUACUGCUGCCCGGGAAGCCUGACAAGUCUGGCCGUCCCAUCAGCUUCAUGGUGGUCUUCAUCACACCGAACCCCCUGAGCAAGAUUUCCUGGGUCAACAGGUUACACCUGGCGAAGAUUGGCCUCAGGGAGGAGAACCAGCCAGGAUGGCUGUGUCCCGAUGAGGACAGGAAAACCAAAGCCCCGUUCUGGUGCCCCACCCUGGCCUGCUGCGUCCCUGCCUUCUCCUCCCGAGCCCUCAGCCUGCAGCUUGGGGGUCUGGUCCACAGUCCUGUCAACUGUCCCCUGCUGGGCUUCUCAGCUGUCAGCACUUCCCUUCCACAGGGCUACCUCUGGGUUGGAGGUGGGCAGGAGGGUGCUGGUGGCCAGGUGGAGAUCUUCUCCCUGAACCGGCCUUCGCCACGCACCGUCAAGUCCUUCCCGCUGGCAGCCCCCGUGCUCUGCAUAGAGUACAUUCCGGAUCCGGAGGAGGAGGCUGAGGCUGCGGAGGAGAGCCGGGUGGCUGCUGAUCCCUCCGCUGCAGUGCACCCCACCGUCUGCCUCGGGUUGCAGGAUGGCAGCAUCCUGCUCUACGGCAGUGUGGACACUGGUACCCAGUGCCUGGCAACCUGCAAGAGCCCAGGCCCGCAGCCCGUGCUCUGCCUGCGGCACAGUCCCUUCUACCUGCUUGCCGGCCUACAGGACGGGACCCUUGCUGCCUAUCCUCGGACCAGUGGUGGAAUUCCCUGGGACCUGGAGAGCCCUCCCAUGUGCUUGACUGUGGGCCCAGGGCCCAUUCGCACACUACUGAGCCUGGAAGAUGCCGCAUGGGCCAGCUGUGGCCCAAGGGUCACUGUCCUGGACGCUGCCACUCUGCAGACUCAGCAAAGCUUCGAGGCACACCAGGAUGAGGCGGUGAGUGUAACGCACAUGGUGAAAGCGGGCAGCGGUGUCUGGAUGGCCUUCUCUUCUGGCUCCUCCAUCCGCCUCUUCCACACUGAGACCCUGGAGCAUCUUCAAGAGAUCAACAUUGCCACCAGGACCACCUUCCUCCUGCCAGGCCAGAAGCACCUGUGUGUCACCAGCCUCCUUAUCUGCCAGGGUCUGCUCUGGGUAGGCACCGACCAGGGUGUCAUUGUCCUGUUGCCUGUGCCCCGGCUGGAGGGCAUCCCCAAGAUCACAGGGAAAGGCAUGGUGUCUCUCAAUGGUCACUGUGGACCUGUGGCCUUCCUGGCUGUGGCCAUGAGCAUCUUGGCCCCUGACAUCCUGCGGAGUGACCAGGAAGAGGCUGAGGGGCCUCAGGCUGAGGAGGACAAGCCAGAUGGACAGGCUCAUGAGCCAGUGCCUGCACCUGAUAGCCACACAGGCCGAGAGUUGAGCCGCAAGAAAGGCAUCCUGCUUCAAUACCGCCUGCGCUCCACGGCCCACCUCCCCGGGCCUGUGCUGUCCGUGCGGGAGCCGGCACCCACAGAUGGCUCAGCUCUGGAGCAUAGUGAGGAGGAUGGCUCCAUCUACGAGAUGGCUGAUGACCCUGAUGUCUGGGUACGCAGCCGGCCCUGUGCCCGUGAUGCCCACCGCAAGGAGAUCUGUUCUGUGGCCAUUAUCUCCGGUGGGCAAGGUUACCGACACUUCGGCAGUGCUCCCGGUGGCCUGAGUGGGCGGCCUGCCCCGUGCAGCGAGACGGACAGUACACUUCUUAUCUGGCAGGUGCCCUUGGCUCUAUAGCUAUCCACCCUGUCCAUCCGGAGGUCGUCACAGGGCAGCUGGACCGCUGGAGACAUGCUGGGACCUUUUUUGGCCCACCUGGAUUCCCCCCAGGGACUUGUACAGGCCACAAGACGGGCCUGGAUUCUCCACUGAGGCCUUGAAGAGCAGAGGAAAACCUUUGAAAACAAAAAUUCAGAAUGUUUUGGGGAGGGGUUUUAGGGUCAUGGGGUAUGGAAGGACACACUUGGAGAAUAUGGCCUUUUUGUUUUGUUUUGGUUUUGAAGCAAAAAAACAUAAAACCUCACCACUGCCUGCUAAACCCAGAACCUUUUGUUGGGGCUGAGUGAGGCUCGGAGGUGGCCGUGCCCCUCCAGGAAGGAUGUAUGUGUGAGUGCCUGAGCAUGUGGACUGGCGUGUGAAUAUAUAUAUGAAUACGUAUAUACGAUGUAUAUUAUAUGUGUAUAAAUACAAUCUGUACAUAAUGGGUCUCUGGGAGAUGCUGGAAUAAAAGGCAAGAGAUA